CUGCUAUGGCUGGCCGAGCCCCCUGCUCGCGCCUUCAGUUCGUCCAAACAUUGCCAAGUCCCUCCCUAGUUUGAGCUCCCUCCCUGCUCCAGCUUUGUCUAAGUCGCGCAGCCUCCAGCCAUGCGCGAGCAGCCGUUGUCCGCCCCUGCCCUGCCGUGCUCCGGCCAGACCACCCACAGGCGUGUCAAGGCAGGAUAAGGCCCAUGCGCGCGAUAGCGGCCGGCCUGACCCUCGUCUGCGUGGCCUAGUGGCUAGCCUGUGGCCCGGCGUGAUCAGCCUGCCAUUGCGGCGGCGCAACCCGCCAUCCUCGCCGUCGUCAUGCCCGUGUCCUCGUCGUCGCUCGUGCGCUGCGUCGUGCACGCAACAUGUCGUCGUAUCUCGCCUCGUCUCGCCGUCGUCGCGAGAUUGCGAUCCAUUCCGAGCUUCAAGGAAUUGACGAUCAAGCUUUGGCGACCAAGUGGUCAGGUUCUUCGAGUUCUACAGAGUUGAAGACCCUGAGCAUCUGUUUGGUGAAGAUUACUAGAUUGAAAUAUGAAGGCACAACACAUGUUGAUGAAGACUUGUACUCACUAGCAUGCUGGCCGGAUCGGAGAGUGCGUUCAUACACAGCCUGUAUAAUCAAUGGGGUACGGUUCCACACUCUGGCUCGUGACGAACACAGGAAUACACAAAACUCCACCAUCAAAAGUGCUGGUACUCACGGUGAUGACACAAUUGACUUCUAUGGGACAAUCACAGACAUUAUUGAGUUGAGUUACAGUAAGAACAACAAAGGGCGUAGAACUGUUAUCUUAUUACGGUGUGAAUGGUACAAUCUAGAGAGAAGGACAUACCAAAUGAAAGAUGAUGGUUAUUUCAAGAGCAUAAACAACCAAGGUCGAUGGUAUAAAAAUGAUCCUUUCAUUAUAGCCACAGAUGCUUCACAAGUAUUUUUCUUGGAAGAUACAAAGUUAGGUGCAUGUUGGCAAGUGGUACAAGAAUUUGGCCACCGACAUAUAUUUGUUGUUGAAGAGACCGACACAAACGAACCGAUCCAUGAACAAGUACAUAUGAGAUGUCAGGAGGCAUACCAAGAGGAGCAUACUUCAUUGAGAGAUGGUGCAGUGGGAGACAUUCAUCCUGAUUUGGAUUUGUUACACAUGGAUAAUGAACCAGGCAGCCCUAUUAGUAGAAACCUCGUCGAAAAGAUCUGUCGACAGAAACAUACAACUCAAGGUGAUAACACACACGGCGAUGAAGAAUAUGAAGAUGACACCUACCUUCAGUACCAUAGUCCAGAAGAAGGCAAUACUUCAGGAGAAGACGGUGAUGAUGACUAACCUUUGCAUUUGUAGAGACUUGUGAACGAUGAACUUUUUCUAUUAGUGAUUCUGUUGUGUAUUUCAAUUAUGCUACUACAUUUGUAUCUGAAUUCUGAAUUUGUAAGACCUUAUAUGCAAUGACUCUGUUUUCAGUGC